GGCUGUUUCGUCUCUCGCAGUUGGUCUAUUGUGAAAGGGCCAGUUCCUCCAUCACGCCCGGCUGGAGUGGCCCUGGGACUGAGCUGGACCCAUGCUUCCCAGGCGGUGUUCGUCAUCUGUCGGAUAAUUUCCCACCUCCACAAGACGCUGGCCACAGCACGGCAUUUUCCCACCCCCUCUGCGGGGAAGGGGAAUCAGAUUUCGUGGCCGUGUCGGGUUGCUAGAUGCAGAGGCGGAAAAAUGCCACUCAUGACGGCUUUUGCCACCCCAAGACCGCGCCGGAGUGAGUCGAGAAUCUACAGGACAUGAUAACUCACCCCUCUCCCAUCCACCUUGUAUAGAUAUAUCUCGAGGCGGAUGAUCACAGACUUCCAAUAUUUUACCAUAUUUCUUUUACAACUACUUCAGCUUGGUCCUUGGCUCACAAAUUCCAUCAAUCUUUUCUACCAAACAUGUCCAGCCGUCCAAAAUCCAACUCGGAACAGGCCCCUGCGACCGCGCAGCAUGGGCAGACGGACCAAGCUACCGUCAACCCUUUGGUCCUACCUCCAGGAACAUCCAGCACUACCUUCCAGGAGUUCAUUGUUGAGGUCAAGGAGAUCAGCGGAUCCGAGAACGUGACCAUCGUCAGCAGCAGCGAGCAAUGCAACAAACAGGACUACCUUGACCAGAGCAAGGUCCAUGAUAUGUUCCACCUCACUGGUCCAGAGUAUUUCAUAUCCUCGGCACUUAUUACCCCGCGCAAUGUUGCCGAAGUGCAAGCCAUUGUUAGGCUAUGCAACAAGUUCGAGAUUCCCCUUUGGCCGUUAUCUAUUGGCCGGAAUAUCGGGUAUGGGGGAGCAGCGCCUCGAGUCCCCGGAUCUGUUACCAUCGACCUUGGAAAACAUAUGAAUAAGGUUUUGAAGGUUGAUGUUGAGGGAGCAUACGCAUUAGUCGAACCCGGGGUGACAUUUGCGGAUCUUCAUCAGUACCUGGUCGAUCACAAUCUCCGUGAUAAGCUCUGGAUUGAUGUGCCAGACCUUGGAGGAGGCUCUGUUCUGGGAAAUACAAUCGAAAGAGGCGUAGGCUAUACACCAUACGGGGACCACUUUAUGAUGCAUUGCGGCAUGGAAGUUAUCCUCCCAGAUGGAACUCUGGUUCGCACGGGAAUGGGUGCACUCCCAAACCCUGACGCAGACCCUGACGCUCCACCGCACGAACAAGAGCCCAAUUCAGCUUGGCAGCUUUUCAACUAUGGAUUCGGUCCAUACAACGACGGGAUUUUUAGUCAAUCUUCACUCGGAAUUGUAGUGAAGAUGGGCAUUUGGCUUAUGGUUAACCCCGGCGGCUAUCAAUCCUACCUAAUAACCAUUCCUGAGGAUAAGGAUCUGCACCAAGCCAUCGAGAUCAUUAGGCCACUUCGGACUUCCAUGGUCCUUCAGAACGUCCCAACAGUCAGACACAUUCUACUCGACGCAGCUGUCAUGGGUAACCGCGCAUCAUACACAUCUUCAAAGAAGCCUCUCAAUGACUUGGAGCUGAAUGAAAUUGCAAAGAAAUUAAACCUAGGGCGCUGGAACUUCUAUGGGGCGCUUUAUGGCCCCGAGCCAGUUAGGAAGGUUAUGUGGGAUGUUGUCAAGAAUGCCUUCUCAGCAGCUAUCCCUGGUGUCAAGUUUUACUUCCCAGAGGAUAUGCCUGAUAAUGUCGUCCUACAAACCAGGCAUCUUACGCUUCAAGGUAUCCCGACCUACACAGAGCUAGAAUGGGUGAACUGGCUACCUAACGGCGCACAUCUCUUCUUCUCACCUAUUGCCAAAGUCACCGGUGACGAUGCCAUGGCGCAGUACCAGCUGACUCGGAGCCGUUGUGAGGAAGCCAAUUUCGAUUUCAUUGGUACCUUCGUUGUUGGCAUGCGUGAAAUGCAUCAUAUUGUUUGCCUUGUUUUUGAUAGGGCUGAUGAGGAUUCAUGUCGCCGCGCACACCAGCUUAUCAGCACGCUUAUAGAUGACGCAGCGAGGAAGGGUUGGGGAGAGUACCGCACACACUUGGCCCUGAUGGAUCAGAUUGCGGGAACAUACAGCUUCAACAACAACGCACAAAUGCACUUGAAUACCCUCAUCAAGGAUGCUCUGGAUCCAAAGGGCAUUAUCGCCCCGGGGAAGAAUGGUAUCUGGCCCAAGAACUAUGAUCCGAAGAAGUUCGCCGUGGCACCGGCCCCUUGGACUGCCGGUCCGCGACUAUAGUAAAGUAAGAUAGCUUAGGCAUUUAAGACUGAUCUUAUCUUGAUCUUUAUGAUGCACAGUGGUGUUGGUAGUUUGUUUAAUUAUAUAGAAACUAGUUUUUGCAUGUUG